ACAGAUAUUCAAUCGUGUUUAGCACUUCACAACAAACAAACACAGUAAAAACUAAAAAAAACAUCAGUAAAAAAAAUACUAAGUAAAAUUUAUCCAAAGAAAUUCCUUUUUAAAGUACUCUAUUCAGAAAAAAAAAAAAAAAAAAAAAAAAAAAAAACGUUAAUUUUGAAGGAUUGAUCUGACGCUCGAUGAAAAUCCUGCACGUGUGGCACGUGCGAAGACGGUUCAGCUUUUCUAGAAUUAGGCCCAACUCCGAAGAGACUGUAGAAUCAAUGGCACACAAUUUCUACGAGCCAGAGGCACACUUGGAAUCGAAUGAAGAUAUUUCCAUGAAGCAGAAAUGGGGUAUGCCAGCCUCAUCCAGAAUCUCUGAUCAUGAAAGCGGGUGCUUUGAGUGCAACAUAUGUUUAGAUUCCGCAAACGAGCCUGUCGUCACUCUAUGUGGUCACCUCUACUGUUGGCCCUGCAUUUACAAGUGGCUUAAUGUCCAAAAUGACUUUGAAGAACCUGAGCAGCAAAACUGCCCUGUCUGCAAGGCUAACAUUUCCCACGCCUCACUGAUUCCCCUCUAUGGCCGGGGAACAUCUCGUUCUGAUUCUGAUUCCAAGAAACCUCACUUGGAUCUUGUCAUACCACGCAGGCCACUUCCUUCUGGCUUAAACAAUGUAUUUAAUACUACAUCGCACCAGAAUCAUCACCUUCAUCAUCCAACUUAUGUCCAAUCGAAUCCAAGAUCACUUAACCAGCAAUAUUUUCCUCGUCCUUAUGGAGUUCAUGCCGCAAACAAUAUGUCAUCAUCUUAUCUAGGUGGUGCAGUGAUGACUAGCUUGUUCAAUCCAACCAUGGGAGUUUUUGGAGAGAUGGUGUUUGCAAGGAUGUUUGGGGGCUCGGGUUCGAGUCUGUUCCCUUCUUACCCUCAAAUUGGUGUUAGUAGCAGUCCCAGGUUGAGAAGGCAUGAAGUCCAGCUUGACAAAUCGCUUAACAGAGUGUCCAUCUUCCUUCUCUGCUGCAUUAUUUUGUGUCUUCUCUUGUUUUGAUUCUACACGCUUUUGGGGGAUUUUCUUCUGUAUAGUUUGCCAUCCAAAGAUAUGUCCAUAUAGAGUAUGAUUGAUGUUAGAGAUUUUUUUUCAGACAUUCUUGUGAGAAGUCCAUUGAUAUGUAUAUAAUGUCAUGUGUCGAUUGGUCUUUUUGUCUUAAAACUUCUCUAUACCAGCCAGCAAUACAAUUAUUUUCCGUCCUA